AUGGAACAGAAGCAAACUAGUCCCAAACCUGAUCAGGUGGGAGAGGAUAAGUACCAAAGAAUUUUGGUGUCUGAAGCUAAACAUGGAAGACGUGAAAUGUUGCCUCAUGGGCCAAAGAAGAAGCCGAAUUACAGUUCAUAUCCUUCAGGGUUGGGAAGUGCAGUACCAUCCUGGGUUGCUUUUGAUAAACACGUAUUAUCUUUUGAUGCCUAUGAAGAAGCUGAAAUGCAUGAUAAAAGGAUAGAAGAGUAUAGAAUAAGACGCUAUAAAAUCUAUUUCUACCUUGAAGAUGACACAAUUCAAGUAAAUGAACCAGAGAUGAAAAAUAGCGGACUGCCUCAAGGGACUUCCAUCCGGCGUCACCGGAUUCCUCUCCCACCUCCUGAUGUUGAAAAGUUUUAUACCGUACAUGAUUUCAAUAUCAACAUAGACGUGGUCUUUUAUGGCCGAACUUUCAAGAUUUAUGACUGUAAUCCAUUCACAAAAAACUUUUUGAAGAAAGUAGGAGUCAAAUUAAACCCCCCGGGAAAGUGUCCAGAUGAUCCUUACACAAAGUUGCGGAGAGAGAUACUAGACUAUGUGCGACCUUUACGUCCCUAUGAUUCCUUCAACACCUUGAAAGAGUUCCUUGAGUAUGAUGGGAAAGUUUUACGCUUCUUCUGCAUGUGGGAUGACACAGCCUCAAUUUUUGGGGACUAUAGACAACUCAUCUUGCAUUAUUUCUUGUCUGAUGAUACUAUUGAAAUCAAAGAAUUGCUGCCCCAUAACUCAGGCCGGGAUCCUAUGUCAUUUUUCCUCCAGAGGGGAAAGCUGCCCAAGUAUGGCCCACCUGGAGUCCAUCAACCAGGAGACGUAACAGAUAGAAUAGUUCUCAACGUGUAUAAUGGCUAUAACGUAAGCCGAGUGCAUGGCUACAUGUUGGAUAAAUUCAAGGAUUCAAAAUUAGUACAAGAUUUUUACAAAGAUACUGACCUGACCAUAGGAGCCAGCAUCAAUGUGUGGGGAAGAAAAGUGCUCCUUUGUGACUGUGAUGAAUUUACGAAGACUUAUUAUAGGACUAAAUAUGGAAUUCAAAACUUUCCCUCAAUUCCAUGCAAGCCUCCAUCGCCUCCAAAAAGAAAGAAGAUAUAUCCACCUUAUACUGGUUUUGGUUCUGAAGAGGAUUCUCUCCGCUCUUGCAUAGGCCUUGUGCCCGUAGUUCGUCCUGAUCUGGAGGCCUUCAAGAAAUGCAUUGAAAAAGAUAGCUAUGGCAACGAGAGCAAUACGCUCCGGUUCUUUGCAAAAAUGAUUAAGCACCAAUGUGAAGAUGUGGAUAGGCUGUUUGUUAUUUCAUAUUUUCUUGGUAAUAACACACUUUCAGUGUUUGAACCCAUAGAAAGGAAUUCAGGCUAUACUGGUGGAUUGUUCUUGAAAAGAAUACGAGUUAAGAGGCCUGGACAAGAAAUUUUUAAAAGUGAACUCUCAGAAUAUAUCCAGCCUGAGGAGCUGUAUAUUGGAGCCAGACUGAACGUGAAUGGCUACCUGUUUAUUUUGCUCAAUGCUGAUGAGUACACCUUAAAAUUCAUGGAGGAGAAUUCAGAUAGGUUUCCUCAUAGCAACCUUGAAUGUGCCCUACAAAUGCUGAAAGAUGAAAAAUCAAAAGCCAGAGAGAUCAAGCAGGUAUUUAGGGCUGUUGAUUGCAAUCUCACAAAGAUGGUGGAUUAUAAUACGUUCAGAAACAUACUGAUGGAUAUAACUGUUGAUGGACUCUCAGAGCAACAAUUUAUAACCAUUGUACGUCACUAUGGAGUGCCUGAGAAACCAUGUCCAAAUGGGACUACUCUACUUGCAAUGGCUCAUGAACAGUUCAGGAAAAUUUUUUAUGAGGAUUUUGAUAAACUCAUUUCUUACUGUGAAUAUGAAGAUCGAAAAAAUAAAAAUAAAUUGCCCAGCAACCGCAUCAGAAAGCUGUGCAAGGCCGCCAGGUUGCCUUUGACUGAUGAACUUCUGCAGUCCUUAGUGUCCAAGUUUGAAGACAGUGAAGGACAAAUCGAUUAUAAGUCGUUUUUCUCUGCGCUGAACUGGAGAAUAAAUCCGGUGCCUGAAUUAAUACCAAUAUCACCCUUGAAAGAGAGAUGUGAAGAUGUGUGGCUUGGGAUGCCAUCACCUAUUCCUUAUAAAUGCAUUAACUAUUUUCAAUUUUUAAAGGACGUGUAUGGCUUAGAGGUGGAGUAACCAUGCCAAUUUUGCUCAGCUCCCUUUGAUUCCCUGCUCUGAUUUUGCCAACUUUAUUUCAGUGGGUAUAAUUUCAUUAAAAACAAAAAAGAAACAAGGUUCAUAUUGAAUUAAAAUC